CCGCUUGGGGGGUAGUGGGCGGACCGCGCGGCUUGAGGUGUAAGGAUCCGAGCCCGGGAGUGGGGGGGGCGGAGGAGGCUCCUACGUCCAAACGGGACCUGCGACUCUCCGGCCGCGCGCCAUGAGGGCCCUCUGGGUGCUGGGCCUCUGCUGCGUCCUGCUGACCUUCGGGUCGGUCAGAGCUGACGAUGAGUUGGAUGUGGAUGGGACGGUGGAAGAGGACCUGGGUAAAAGCAGAGAAGGCUCUCGGACAGACGAUGAAGUCGUGCAGAGAGAGGAAGAAGCUAUUCAGUUGGAUGGACUAAAUGCAUCCCAAAUCAGAGAACUUAGAGAGAAAUCAGAGAAGUUUGCCUUCCAGGCUGAGGUUAACAGAAUGAUGAAACUUAUCAUCAAUUCUCUGUACAAAAAUAAAGAGAUUUUCUUGAGAGAACUGAUUUCCAAUGCUUCUGAUGCUUUGGAUAAAAUCAGGCUAAUAUCACUGACUGAUGAAAAUGCUCUUUCUGGAAAUGAGGAACUCACAGUCAAAAUAAAGUGUGACAAAGAGAAGAACCUGCUCCAUGUCACGGACACUGGGGUCGGAAUGACCAGGGAAGAGCUGGUUAAAAACCUCGGCACCAUCGCCAAGUCUGGGACGAGCGAGUUCCUAAACAAAAUGACCGAAGCACAGGAAGAUAACCAGUCCACUUCGGAGCUCAUCGGCCAGUUCGGCGUGGGUUUCUACUCCGCCUUCCUCGUGGCCGAUAAAGUCAUUGUCACAUCGAAACACAACAACGAUACCCAGCACAUCUGGGAGUCUGACUCCAACGAAUUCUCCGUCAUCGCUGACCCAAGAGGGAACACACUGGGACGGGGGACGACAAUUACACUUGUUUUAAAAGAAGAAGCCUCUGAUUACCUUGAAUUGGAUACAAUCAAAAAUCUCGUCAAAAAAUAUUCACAGUUCAUAAACUUCCCAAUUUACGUAUGGAGCAGUAAGACCGAGACCGUUGAGGAGCCCAUGGAUGAAGAAGAGGCAGCAAAAGAAAAGGAAGAAUCUGACGAUGAGGCCGCAGUAGAAGAGGAAGAGGAAGAAAAGAAGCCCAAAACUAAAAAGGUCGAGAAAACUGUCUGGGAUUGGGAACUGAUGAAUGACAUCAAACCAAUAUGGCAGAGACCGUCAAAAGAAGUAGAAGAAGAUGAGUACAAAGCUUUCUACAAAUCAUUUUCAAAGGAAAGUGACGACCCGAUGGCGUAUAUCCACUUCACUGCCGAAGGGGAAGUCACCUUCAAAUCCAUUUUAUUCGUCCCCACGUCUGCUCCCCGUGGUCUGUUUGAUGAGUAUGGAUCUAAGAAGAGUGACUUCAUUAAGCUCUAUGUGCGGCGAGUCUUCAUCACAGAUGACUUCCACGAUAUGAUGCCCAAGUACCUCAACUUCGUCAAGGGUGUUGUGGACUCUGAUGAUCUCCCCUUGAAUGUUUCCCGUGAGACACUUCAGCAACAUAAACUGCUCAAGGUGAUUAGAAAGAAGCUUGUCCGGAAAACUCUGGACAUGAUCAAGAAGAUUGCUGAUGAGAAAUACAACGAUACAUUCUGGAAGGAAUUUGGCACCAACAUCAAGCUGGGCGUGAUCGAGGACCACUCGAACAGAACACGGCUCGCGAAGCUGCUUCGCUUCCAGUCCUCGCACCACGCCAGCGACAUCACCAGCCUCGACCAGUACGUGGAAAGGAUGAAGGAGAAGCAGGACAAGAUCUACUUCAUGGCCGGCUCCAGCCGGAAAGAGGCUGAGUCCUCUCCAUUUGUUGAGCGGCUUCUGAAAAAGGGCUAUGAAGUGAUUUAUCUCACAGAACCCGUGGACGAGUACUGCAUUCAGGCUCUUCCCGAGUUUGACGGGAAGAGGUUCCAGAACGUUGCCAAGGAAGGAGUGAAGUUUGACGAGAGUGAGAAGACUAAGGAGAGCCGUGAAGCAGUUGAGAAAGAGUUUGAGCCUCUGCUGAACUGGAUGAAAGAUAAAGCCCUCAAGGACAAGAUUGAGAAGGCCGUGGUGUCGCAGCGCCUGACAGAGUCGCCUUGUGCGCUGGUGGCCAGCCAGUACGGCUGGUCGGGCAACAUGGAGAGAAUCAUGAAGGCGCAGGCCUACCAGACGGGCAAGGACAUCUCCACCAAUUACUACGCCAGCCAGAAGAAAACAUUUGAGAUCAACCCCAGGCACCCGCUGAUCAGGGACAUGCUGCGGCGAGUCAAGGAAAACGAAGACGAUGAAACCGUCUCGGACCUUGCCGUGGUCCUGUUCGAAACCGCCACGCUGCGCUCGGGCUACCUCCUCCCCGACACGAAAGCGUACGGAGACCGGAUCGAAAGGAUGCUCCGCCUCAGCCUGAACAUCGACCCAAAUGCCAAGGUGGAAGAGGAACCAGAAGAGGAGCCAGACGACACCACAGAGGACACGGAGCAGGAUGAGGAAGAAGACAUGGACGAAGGCGCAGAUGAAGAACAGGACACAGUGAAAUCUACAGAGGAAAAAGAUGAAUUGUAAAUCACAUCGUCACCAUCUGGAGCUUGUGUGGAGAGGGAAUGUGAAAUUUCAGUCAUUUCUUUUGGGAGAGACUUGUUUUAGAUGCUUCCCCCAACCCCUUCCCCCCUGCACUGUAAAACAUUGGGAUUGUGGGUCACAGGAAGAAGUGGGUUUUUUAGUUGAAUUUUUUUUAACAUUCCUCAUGAAUGUAAAUUUGUACUAUUUAACGGACUAUUCUUGGUGUAAAAUCUUGUCAUGUGUAUAAAAAUAAAAAACCCAAAUACUCA